AUGUCGCCCCUAACCUCUGUAGAGCUGGACGAACCGACCAGCGCAUAUGAAGAGACGUCCGAUGAUGAACAGUCACCAGCGCGGUUUUCAGCAGACCGGUCUCCCAGACAUACCAGUGGCGAGAACGGAGAGGUGUCAGAAGGCGAGCAAAAUGCUUCAAACGAGGACCGAAAGAGGAGAGCAGCGGCAGAGCUAGUUAACGUCCAUGAUCCCAACUCGGAAGACAGCGCCCUGGGUGAACAGCUACAAAGAUCGGCGGAGGAAAGCCUCAGCGACAAUGAAGCCAAGGUUGAAGCCGAUGCCGAUGCCGCCUCCACGUCUGCUCCGCAAACGGAGGCGAAAGAAGAUGUCUCUAUGGUUGACGCCGACGCCGAAAGCGAGCAGGCAGCUGACGAUGAGGGCGAUGAAGAGGAAGUUACAGACGAAGACAAACAGGCUGUAGACGGAGACGACGGGGAAGAAAACCCCCAAGAGGGGACAAAGAGCCAGGGUGACAGCGAAGUCAGCUCAGAAAGCAGCCAGGACGAAGGUGAAUCAUCUGCCUCAGCAUCGGGCUCCGAUUCUGCAUCCGAAUCGGGUGCGGAGUCGGAAUUGCAGUCAGAAGCAGAGUCCAGUGAAGAAGACAACACGAGCGAGGCCAUCGACUCGAAACAAAACUGUGUGUUUUGUAACCAGACUGUAGCCGCCGACAGCGACGACGGCGAGUCGGGGUUGAGAUGCCCUGCCUGCGACAACCACGCACAUCGGAAAUGCGCUCGAGAGCGCGGCUCACUACAGACAGGCGAGGCUUCCCCAUGGCAAUGUCCGCAGUGUGCUGGCGACAAAACGGCGCCAUCAGUGUCACCAAAAGCCCGAAGCACACGAUCCAAGAAUUCGGCGCCCAGGCUUGUUAGGGACUUGUUGCCUGUGACGCGCGGCUUACAAAAGCCGUAUUCGCAUUCAAUCUUUGCCCAACCGGUGAUUGGGGAUGGUGACGACGGAGGGCGCGCUCUGAGGAAGAGGAAAUCACCGACUCAGGAACCUCCCCCCGUCGAGAAGAGACGACGGAAAGCAACAGACCGAGCAUUAGCAGCGGCUGCGACAACCAAAGAGUUGACAGAGAAGAAGGCAGCCAUUGCGCACUCGACGAGAAGAUCGAGCCAAAUGAAAAUCACAAAACCUACCGCGCGGAUACUGCAACAUCGACCGUUCAACAAGCCGCCCCCUCACAAGUUCAUCCUGGCUUUUCGUUUAGAACAAGACAAGAUUGAGGCAAUUUUGAGCAAACCCCCUCGACCCGGCCGGAGAAGAGAAAGACGGACUCAGCCUAAGAAGCCUCCCAAAAUACCGCCCCCGGCAGCGGUCUACCAACCUCCUGUUCCCAAGUUCCCUGCUCUGCCAACACAACACCUGAUUUUCCCCUCAGCGUUUACCGACCGAGAAGCUGAACUCAACGCCAAACCGUACGGCGGCAUCCUUUCCGAAGUGGAUGCAGAUACAAGCCGUUCACUGCCUCAACUCCGAGACCGCGAAAUUUUCGAGAUCGCAAGAAAAGAAGCGGAGGAAGAACGUCGCCGAGCAUCAGCAGCAGCCGAGGCGGAGAUCAACGGCGGAGCAGGGGACGCUACAGCAGCCUCGACCUCGACCUCGACCACGAAACCCAGCCGGUCCACAGUGUCGGGGCCCCCAAGCAAGAUCAAAUGCAUCCAAUUUGGGAAACAUGUCAUCGACACCUUCUACGCCGCCCCGUACCCGGAAGAAUAUUCACACGAAACCCGGUUGUUUAUCUGUGAAUUCUGCUUGAAAUACCUACCCUCGGAAUUCGUGGCAUACAGGCACAAGCUGAAGUGUCCAGCGAAACACCCGCCUGGAGACGAGAUAUAUCGUGAUGGCACGGUCUCAGUCUGGGAAGUUGACGGAAGGAAGAAGACGGAGUAUUGCCAGUGUCUCUGUCUUAUGGCCAAGAUGUUCCUGGGUUCAAAGACGCUGUACUAUGAUGUGGAACCCUUUUUGUUCUACAUCUUAACUGAGUACGAUGAACUGGGGUAUCAUUUCGUAGGGUAUUUCAGCAAGGAGAAGCGGCCAGCAAGUCAGAACAACGUUAGUUGCAUCCUGGUGAUGCCCAUCCAUCAGCGCAAGGGUUAUGCAACCUUCCUCAUCGACUUCUCCUACCUUCUCACCAGAAUAGAGGGAAAGGAGGGAUCUCCAGAAAAGCCUCUCUCGGAUAUGGGCCUAACCGCCUACCGCUCGUACUGGGACCUCACCAUCUCGCGUCAUCUGCUCGAUCUGGGCCUCAAACCGUUCUCCACCAAGACCCUCAUGGCUCGAACUGGCAUGACAGCUGACGACGUGAUCCAUUCCCUCGAGCGCCUGUACGCGUUCAUCAAGGACCCAGUGACCAAAACCUACGCAGUGAGGUAUGACAGGAAGCUGUACCAGAAAUUCGUCGAUGACUAUGAGGCCAAAAAACAUCGAAAGUUGAAGCCAAGCAGUCUGAUGUGGACGCCCUAUAUUAUGGGCCGCAGUGAUCAGGCCACAUUAGACGGACAGCCUCUGCAAGCUCUGGCGCCCAGGGAUGAGGAAGAUGGAGACGAGGAAGACGUAGAAUUGGGCCGGGAGGGGGAUGUGGACAGUGAGGUGGUGAUGUCAACUGCCGCCAAGUCUGUGGGUGGUGGUGACUUGCCAGAGACUGAAGUGGAUACAGAACGUCUUUCCACACGGUCAAAAUCAAAGUCCACAAGAGCAAUGUCGCGGCCAGAAUCGGUCGGGUUGCAGGAAGAGGAUAUGGAUGUCAAGGACCCCGCCCUCGUCGAUGCGCAGGGCCAUGUGGCACCCGGGCCACCUCCGACGGCGCCGCUGAGCGCCGCUGGUGCCCUGCCACUGGGUACUGCUCGUCCAGAUAUCAAGGUCAAUGGGAUUGUCAAUGGCACUCCUCAUGCUCAAGGCGAGAAUGGAGAGGAGGAGAGCGGCGGCAGCGAAGAUCGUCCCGGAGCAGGAGAGAAAGACCAGCCAAAGGAGGCUGGUAAGGAACAAGAACCUCUACUCUCAGGCUAUGCCCUUGCUUUCCGCCAACAUUCGAUCCCGCCUACACGUUUCCAAAUCGAUCCGCCAAUCCCACCAUCAAUGCUGCGACAGAGGAGCACGAAGAAACGCAGCGCUGCUGCCGCCUUUGGAUCGCCAAGCACCUCACAGACGAAGGGCUUCGGCAAAGGAGAAUUUGCUGCGUCCACCGCUGGAGCUUCCAUAGUCGCAGUGAGGAGCUCGCCGAGAAACGCCAAUAACAGCAAUAAUGCAGGGUUGAGUUUGUCGGGGCCUACGCUUUCUGCCAAUGGCAGCAGUGUCGCCAGCACCGGCAGCGUAUCUCCGAAGGUACCCGGGACUCCUGUCAGGCGAAGCGGGCGGAGAAGUGGGCUUUCGACAAUGACAGUACCGGCGUCAGACGUGUCAGUCACGAACGGCGAUGAGGACGAUGCGCCUGGAGAGGAAGAUGAGGAUGCAGCACAUAUGGAAGGUAAACUAGGCGAUGAAGAAGAAGGGGAGGAGGAGGAGGAUGAGGAAGAGGACCGAUCCUCUUCCUCGAGCGUUGAUGAGGAGGACGACGACGAACAAGGAGCAUCAGUGGCCACGGAGGAUGAAGAGAGCGAAGAAGAGGAAGAAGAGGAAGACGGCGAUGAUCCCAACGAUGAGGACGCAGUUCUGGAUGACGAAGACGACUCCGAGGAUGAAGAUGAUGAUGACGACGACGACCGAGACCCCGAGGCUGAGGUGGAUUUGCCCGACGACGAGGACGGGGACGAGGACGAGGAACCAGAGGAUGAAGACUGA